CUGAGGGACAAGAACAAGUCGAUUUGCGGUUUCUCCGUACUUGUCGCGUUUUAACCUUGGUCCACUGAGUCCAGGGUCCAGGCGCGGAAGGCUCAAUACUAUUCACUGAGACAGGGAGAGUCCUGGCUCUGGGAGACUCUGAGUGCUCUCUGAAGCCGACGGACAUGGAGUUGCCCCCCCCACACGUUUUGCUCCAGCUCGACGCCAUCAUCGUCGCUCAACGCGAGAGCGACGGCGACAAUGAGCGCGUUGGUGACGCGCCGGACGAAGACGGCGACACGACCGUCGCGUAUGAUUCAGGCGACGAGACGGUCGCCUACGUCUCGGGCGGCGCGAGGACGAUGUCGUCGCGGUUCUGGGGCGUGGUCUGGAAUCGGGAAAGAAAUAAGUGGCAGGCGCAAUAUUUGGACGCGGAUGGCAAGCGGCGCUCCAUCGGCCGCUUCGACGACGAGGAGGAGGCCGCGCGCGCGGUAAAUAAAGCCAUCCGCGACGCCGGCCUCGAAGGCAAGCGCAAAACGAACGCGGUCGACGCGACGGGCGCGCUGGUGCCGAAGCCGUCUGGCCCGCACAACAAGCUCGAUCGCUCCGGCGUGAUCGCCCCGGACACGGCGCGCGCGCCGACGGAGACGACGUCCAAGUAUUGGGGCGUGUCUUGGAGCAAGCAGAGGCGACGGUGGAAGGCGUGCUACAGCGACGCGAACUGCGAGCGGCUCUACAUCGGCCUCUUCGACACCCAGGAGCAGGCGGCGCACGCCGUUAACGCGGCGAUCCGGCGGGCGGGCCUCCAAGGGAAGCGCAAGACGAACCCGGUCGUCGACGGGAAGCUGGUGCCACGCGAGCGCCCGGCGGCCGGCCACGGACCGCGCUACAAGCGCCGCCGCCGCUAGACACGAGUCACACGACUAACAACAGAAC